CAGCGUUAAAUGUGGAACUGUGAAACGCAUACUCACAUCACAAUUAACUCCUAACUGUCUAUCUACGAUAUAACAACAGAACUGUCUCGAACAUUUGACUAGACAAAGAAAAAUAUGCAAACUUGAAAACAUUUCAAAAGAAGAAACAAAGCCAUACAAUCAGUAAUCAUAACCAUUAUUUGACAAUUUAUCUGCCACUGAAGAUCAAACUUACCACCUUCAACUCUCUCACAUAUCUUUCCCGCCUUCACCUGCCCACGGCAGUGAUUGGUGUGGUGACACCAAUGCACGCGGACGGUCAGUUCUGAUUGGCUAAUUUGUCUGUCAAUGCUAACUGCACGCGAGGAGCACCAACGGCUCUUUGGGUCUUCGAGAGGGAAAUGGUGGCCUAGGGCUGCCGGAGAAUUUGGUGAUGGUUGUUGUACAGCAGUUUCUGAUCGACGCUCUUGGACUGGCUGUGGGUUUGAGAAAGUUUUCCACAAAGGUGUGAUCAAUUGCAGUUGAGAUGUUUCAUUGUGGUUACUGUGAUUUGGGGACGGCGUGCAUUGAUGAGCUAGAUAUUCACAUUCUGGAGACACAUACUGACUUUCCGUCUUCUAACUGUCCUCCUGAGAAAUUAUCCGAUCAGAUUUUUCCAGUUUUGACAUGUUCUGAUUUACAAUCCAAUCAGUCUGACAUGCAGACAUCUGUCAGUCCUGGACAAGACUCAAGAGUUAGGAACAGGAGUGACUUGAGUGAAGAUUUGAUCUACAACAGUCAUGUUAUUCAGUCAGGUGACCACUUCCAAAACAGUGGUGAGCAUCCUUAUGGAUACAAAGCUUUCAAGGAAAAUAUGAAUCCAUUUUGUGAGACGGUUGGGAAAUCAAGAGCACCAGAAGAUUCAAACAAACAAGUUGCUUUUUCCAAUACCAGUGCGACAUUUGCCAUCGAACAGGUGAUGGAUGUGUGUAGCAUUGCACAUGAUGAUAUAUGCGAUAAACCCAAGAUUUUCAAUAACCAGUCAGAAUUGGAUCACUGCUUGCUGAAGGACACUACUUCUUCCUUCAAAAGUGCUGAGGAACUGGAAGUUAAAAACCUGGGUCAUACAAAACUUGAAACUAUGUUGGGAGUAAAGAAGGCAAUUGAACCAUCUGAAAGUUUCAUGUUUUUUCCUCUUGAUGGAGCACCGAAUAUUCUGCCGAAACAGAUUCAUCCUGAUAAAGAAAACAAAGGUGGGACAGAAAUGGAAGUAAGUGGGAAAUUAGUUACAGAGACUGGUAAAACGUCCUGUUUAUGGUGUGAACACUACACAUUUAAUGAACGAUACUUUGAAGAACAUACAAAAGAACAGCAUAGUUGCAUUGAACAUGACAAAGCGGCUUUGAUGUCCACAACAGAGCCAGAGGACUUAGGAUGUGAAGAACAGGACUUCACUUCACAAGUUGAUUCAAUUAAUAAUGCUUCUCAGAAUGGAGAGACAAUAGUGAGAAAGAGUGAACUGUAUAGAACUGAAUGUAAAAAUCCUGUCUCAUCAAGUAAUUCAGAUGACAUAACUGACGGUUUCAAACCUUUCAAGGAUAUGCGACAGAAGUCUGUAAUACAUGCCACUUUUAGGCAAAAGGUCAGAAGAACAUUAAACCUUAAAAAUAACCAAACUAUAUUCUAUAUGAAACGACUAUGUUUAUUUCAUUGUAUUUUUUGUCGAUUUCAUACUUUGUACCGUCGUUGUGUCUUGCGCCAUGUGAGAAGUAUGCAUCGCAACCAAAUCGGAAGUCCUAAAUGCUAUGUUAGGGUUUCAAAUGGCUUAAAUACACUGAAGUGUUGUGAAAAGGAUUGCACUUUAAAAAAGUUAACUUCGUACAGUGGUCCAUUGUCCUUAGAAAGAAAGGGUUUUCGAAUACCAAAACCAGAUACAAGUAUAAGAGGUGAAAAUGUAAAUUUGAUGCCUUCUGUUGCAAAACCAUCACUUUGUACCAGUAAAUCAGAUAUUAUUGAAUCUAAAAAUUGCUUAAUUAAGCAGCACAGUAAUUCAUGUUAUGAAACAUCAUUGGUCCAUGAUCAAACACAAUUUUCAUUACUUUAUCUUGCUAAUGAUUCAGAUGUUAAAACAAGUUCAGAAAUACCUCCAGAUCCUCUAGGAGCUCUUCCGUGUUUUUCAUCCUUAAUGACUACUGAUGAGAAGAUAACCUAUGGUGAUCUGAAUAUUAAAGCUCAGCCAUCUUCAAGGAAAUGCCUCGCAUUGGAAGCCAUAGUAGAAAGCCUGAAAAGUCGUGUGGCAUCACCAAUCAAAUGCAGGCCAGCAGUUACAUUGCUCAAUGAUCGAAUAGCAAGGCCCAGGCGAAGCAUUCCGUUUUGUAGAACAACAGAGGAGCAGCAGGCUAAGUGGGUGAUGGAGGCAUAUAAUUUCUUAAAGCAACAGAAGAUUGAAAGAGCUGCAGAGUUUUCAUCCUGUGACGAUGAUUAUCUCCUUGAUGCAAUGGCUGAAAUUGAAGUUGUGCUAUCUGAUACAGAUGAUAAAAGUAACAAUUCAAAAGUCUAUAGAAAUUAUGGUACUUUAAAUGAAAACAUUGCAAAAGCAACAGAAGACAAAAGUGAAAUUCUCAGUCUUCCAUCAAGUGCAAACAUGGAACCAGGAAAUGUUUGUACUUUAUUGUACAAAUGUGAUAUCUGUCCUUUUUCAAGUGCUAACAUUAUAUCUGUCCUGUCGCACUAUGGCAGACAACACCCUGAAGAGGACAUACCAUACCACAGGAUCCAGAAAUAUAGCUGUAAGAUGAAUAUGCAGAUGGGAUUGGACUUACAUUUGCCCACACACAGUUUAUCUUGGGUUGAUUCUAAAUCUGCUGAUUCACUUGUCCCUUGCUUUACUAGAUCUUCAGCAUUGUGUUUCUGUGAACAUUGUUCAUUCAGUGGAGACUGGAUUUCUUUAAUUGAGCAUUAUCAAAAAUUUCAUACAUCUACAAACUUAACCAAAUAUGGUGGACAGAAAAAGUCAGCGAGAAGAAUUGUCAACAAUGUACAGGCCAGGGCACCAUUAGCUUCCACCUCCACUUCUAGCAGUGAGCCACAGGUGGUGUUUCAGUGCCAGCUCUGUAAUUUUACCUGCUCAUCAAGACGAGUCAUUUGUCGACACUAUUGCAUCAGGCAGAGCAUUAUUUGUGCUCAAGUUGAAGAUUCUGAUAUUCUUUUCAAAUGUGCCUUGUGUGGGUACACUCAUUUAACUCAGGAAGGGCUCAUUAACCAUUAUCUCAUAUACCAUGAUAUUGAACCUCAAUUUAGCUCUCAUGGCAUGAAGACAGGCCAAAAUGAACUUGUCUCAUUAUUGUCCAGUGAUGAGGAUCUGAAGGCUGGUAUGGAGAAACAGAUAUGUAUGCUAUGUUCAUUUAAGGCUAUUACUCAGAAAGAACUUUUGUUCCAUUAUAAAUUACGACAUCCAAGAUUUUAUUCCCAAAAUAGAUGCACUAUUGAAUGUAAAAAUCAUGCCAAUUUGCAUAUGACAAACCUCGAUCCACAAUUUUGUGAAGCAAAACGUUUCAGGAAUACAAGUGAAUGUGGAAAUGCUAUGUUGGAGUGGGGAAUGAAUAUGGUCCGUACCAAGGAACCUUUAGCCUUUGGCAGUGAACUUGAAUUGAUCAGCCAUAAGGGAGAUCGAGAUUUGAUAAUGACAGUGCCUGUCAGAGAGCACCUGAGAAAUCAGAACACCAACCCAAUCCAUUCUGGACAGAAGAUCACCAAGGCUGUAAACUCAUUAGAUGUAACAAGAUUGCCAUCUAAACAAUUUCCACUGAAUGGAUGUGGAAGUCAAUGCUUAGAAUAUAACAUAAUGCCAGGAAAGCAAAAUAUUGACAGCAGUGACAUUUUUUGUGAAUUUGAUCCUGUAAAUAAAAGCACAGUCCAGGAAUGUGUAUUUGGUGCCGAAGAUGACUGGCAACAAGGAGACCUGACAACAGGCAAUGAGGUGUUAAGCAGAGAUCGUGCUUCUCGGGUGAAAGCAACGUGCUUGGAGAAUACAGUGAAGCACAGUUCAUUGGAAGGAUAUCGCUGUGGGCACUGUGCACGGCUUUUUAAAGCACUGGCAGGACUUCGCAACCAUGAAAGGAUACACUUUACAUCCAAAACAUGCCACCGCUCUAUAACGAAGAGCAGAAAAAGAAAAGGUGGCUUUAAACGUGACAUCCAGAUUACUAGUUCAGAAGGUGGAAACUACAGAUGCCCCAGGUGUUCGUACUCCACCCCAAUAAUUGAACAGUUAAGAUCUCAUUCACUCAAAGUGCAUGGAAGAUUUCUUAUGCCAAAACUACGUGCAGCAGUUUCAGAUGCUGAAAAAACUGGAGGAUACAUGUAUCAAGCGUUCAAUGAAAAUGUUUUUUUGGAGUUUCCACAUCGUGAUUGUCAAGAUUGUGUACAGACUUCUGACUCAGGAGUAGAAGCAUUGAAAGCCUUACCAAAGUCUCCAGAAGUGAAGAACUACUCGUGUGAAUUCUGCAACUUCACCACUUGCCAAUUCCAGAAUGUAAAGAAGCAUUAUCGUAAAGUACAUCGUGAGAAACUGUAUUUUGAAUGCAGAAAAUGCCACUUCUUUAGUGGGAAAAAGAAUGCCCUUUCUCAGCAUGCAGAAGUAUGUGAACUCACAGUGGGUGAUAAGAAUUCUUCUGCAAAGAUGAUGAAUGAAAGUGCUUUUAUCGAAAGUAGUAUUCUGGCUGGAAGUGAAAGUAGGAGUGCAGUUCAUUUAAAGGAAGACUUUGAUCCAGCUUCAACUGAGAGUGAAUCUGGAGUAUUGCAUUGUCCUUUGUGCCUCUACUACACCAAGCACAAAAGCAGAAUGGUCAACCAUGUCCUGGAGCACAGAAAUGGACAGCUGGCUUCUGUGGAAGAGUGUCAACUUGAACUGAUGCAUUUUUGUCCUGGGAAGGUACACUGUUGCGAUUGGUGUACAUUUGUUACACUUAGUCAGGACAACUUAAUACAACACAUGGACACUCAUAGCCCAGUGAAACCGUACAAAUGUCGUCUCUGUUUCUUUGAAGCUAGACUACAGAUAGAGCUGGAGACUCACCUGCAAGAGCAGCACAAGGUGAAAUGCAACUUUGAUUUGGUUGGUGCAGUGAACCUAAAUGAAGCAGAUCUCGUCAUUGAAAUUGAAGAGUUUCAAAGGAAGAGACUCAAGAAAAGCCAGGGUGAACCAAGAAUUCAAAAAUAUACAAGACCUAACCGUUCAACUAAAGCAACCCGAUUUUCCUGUGAAUUUUGUGGCCGAAGAUUUCUGGACCGCUCAGAAUGGAAAUGUCAUGUUCGGAGACACUCCAUUGAAAGCUGAUGAGGACCUAUUGAGAGGAAACCAGAUAGAAGAAUUUGCGAAUGAAGACCGGAAUUCUCAAUGUCUUAAACAAACCAGGUCCUUUGUCUUCAAAAUACUGUCUGUGAGUCUCUGUCAAUCGCCGUUGUGGUAACCUGAGGAAUAAAUGCAAAGUUGUGUUGGUUCUUUUUGCAUUUUGUUUUGAUUUAAAUCUGGAUAUAAUGUGGUGAAUAGUGACCUCACAAGACAUAGAAAUAGAGAAUGACUGUUCUGAUUCUUUUUGAAAAGCUACGGCACGUACAUGUUGUUUGAAUAAAACAUUUUUCUACAGCAGUUGACUAGAAUUUGCCUUUGCUGUGAAAUUAAUUUAAGCAGUUAGUAUUCUGUAUCUCUAACCUUCUGGUGUAUUAUAACUGGGAAAUGUUGUUACUGAUUAUUUAUGAUAGGAAUUUGUAAUGUUUGUAUAUAAAAUAUUUGCUCAUUGAAUCUGCAACUUUGAUUAUGAUUGGCUCAUCAUUAUUACAAUUAUUGUUGCACUGAUUCUAGAAUAAAUACUAAAAUUGAUUGAAUGCAGCUACUUUAAAUUGACCAAACGUUCGCAUCAAGACAAUUCUUGAAAAUUUGUUGAAGUUCACAAUACAAGGUGCUUGUGUAUUGAUGAGCAUUCUUCUUUUCCAUGCUGACAUUUUUCUAUUCCUUGCAAGUUAUUAAGAUAUUAAAAUACACUGAAGAAAUCACAGCAAAUUCUUAACCAGAUAACAUUUCACUAAAGUGUAAUGAUAUGAAAAACAUGCAAAAGCUUUGUUUUCCACUGUGAUAAGGGCUAUGUUGUUUCCACUUUCUCAGAAGUAGAGACGCAAAUUUAUUGUAGCGGUGAAAUUAACACAUUGUUGACUUCUGCAGUAGCCUGUUUAUUUCACUGUAACCUCUAGAAGUUUGUGAACCUGAGAUCUCUCAACAUCUUUUCUAAAGACGUACCCAGAAAACAUUCAAGAGCCCUUUGCUCUGUCUUUGACUACACCCACAAAAUCCUGUGCAAGAAAGCUUUCAAAAUUAGAUAAAAAUUUGAUGUUUAAAGUUGUGUUCUUAUGUAGAUUUAAUGGUUUUCAAUUAAUUUGAUUAUAAGUGCACAAUUUAUGCAUUGGGUUAUAUUUCUAAUCUACAAAUUUUCAGUGUGCUAUCUCUUCACACACUAAACCUUUCCAGAAUUAAAAUAUGAAUUUGUGGGUUUAAAAAAUUAAAUGGUCAAGUUAUACUACAGAAAUUUGAGAGCUAGCAAGCAGGAUAAACUUUAAUUUUAUUUAGUGUUUAUGUUUGAUUUAAAUGGUAUUUUGAAUUAAAUGAAUUUCUUGCCAAGUGCACUGUUUAAGAAUUUUGGCAGUUUCCUUAUGGUUGGUCAUACUGAAUUUACAGACCAAGAGUACUUAAAUAUUCAAGUAUUGGAACAGAAGUCUGCAU